AUGCCUUCACCAAAUGAUGAUGCUACUUUCUCCAACGUCUCUGUGGAAGAGCACUAUAGCUUCUCUCAAUCUACUUCUGGUGGACAGUUUAUAGGCCCUACAGAGCAAAUCUCCACGGCAGCUACAGCACUUAUCGGGAGGUCGACGACAUUAACCGAAGCACUCAAGGCAGCGGCAAUCAACGUGGGACACAAGCCGGUGGAAACCACGGACUUGGCUGCCAUAAAAGAGGUGGAAGCCAGGGCUACCGGAGGGGAGAUAGAAGGCGGUGGAAGUGUAACGGCCGUGGCAAGUGAGGCGGUUGCUCGUAACAAAAGAAUGGGCAAAGGGAAUGAGAAGAAGACGAAUCUCCGCGACGUGAUCGCUGAAAUUGAUGUGAGGGUGAAGAAAGACAGAUCAGUGACAAGUGAAGACGCAGAAGCAGUGGUCCAAGCUGAGCUCAACCAUUCUCCUUUGAACCAUGUUAUUCCCGGAGGUAUCGCUGAGUCAGUCACUGCUGCCUGUAAACUCAAUCGUAGUCCCUCUCUCUGA